AUGGACCCCCGCAAGCAAGGUCGCCCCAGCUCGAGUACAGUCGCAGGUAGUGGGUCGCACUACUCGGCUGCAGGCAUAUCUUCUUCACCUGUUACUGCCCACGAAAAUUCAAGCCCAAACCAAGCAGACAAUUCCACCGCACCCAGUUCGCUGCCCUACCGCAACCGUAGUCUUUCUUCUUCUUCAACAACAUCCAGUAGCUUAUUUGACACGGCACGGUGGCGUAGGCACACCGAAACCGUCAAUGCUCGUCCCGAGCGCGCAAGCAGCUUUUCUUCGCCUCCUCCUCUAUCGCGCCCUCUGAAAAGCCUCAGGGCAUCCUUUUCCUUCAGCCGAAGAGAAUCGGAUAUUUCCGAGGCACGGAACGAGUCCCCACAAGCACCAGGCCAGCCUCCCCAACCUCACAGGAGCACGAGUGAGGAUAUAUCACGCCUGCACACCGUGCCUCAGGACUCGUCGUCUGCCAACUUACGCUAUCUGCCUGAUUCUGCGAUGCCAUCUUCCCGCUCUUCGCUUUCGGAGGAGCAUAAACGGACGAGCCUGUCGUCUAUGCACUCAUUAGCCUCUGCUUUGGCCAACACUGGCUCAGCGGUUUCUGUGGCUGGUUCAGAUACCAGUGCUACGCCAUCUCAGACCCCCGCCGCAAGUCGUAGUGUUUCUGGCACCAUGAUUUCGUCCUCGAUAGGAAAGGGUCAGUCGCAAGAGGCGGGUGGGGCUCCUCAAUCCGAGGCACCGACUACUCAGGGUUCCGCCAACGGCUCAAAGGAUGGUCGAACCUCGAACCCAGGUGCUAUGCAGCCACCUCCACGGCCGUUGCAAGUUAACCGCGACCGCAGUAGAGCCAAGAGGCGAUUCAGUGGAAGUACUGCUAAUAGCAGCCACAGCCCUAGCAGUGACCGGGCCGUCGUGAAACGGGAGAAGGAGGAGAUUCGCCCUGCUCCAUUGGGCAAGAUUGGCGUCUGUGCCCUGGAUGUCAAGGCACGGAGCAAGCCAAGCCGGAACAUUCUCAACCGUUUAAUAGCAAACAAGGAGUUCGAUGUAUCUGUCUUUGGCGACAAGACUAUUCUAGACGAAGAGGUUGAAAAUUGGCCAGUAUGUGACUACCUAAUAUGUUUCUAUUCAGAUGGCUUUCCAUUGGAUAAGGCUAUUGCAUAUGUCAAAGCCAGAAAGCCCUUUUGUGUCAAUGACGUACCAAUGCAGCAGGUUCUCUGGGAUCGUCGCAUUUGCUUGCAUUUGCUCAACAGGCUGGGGGUGCGCACCCCACAGAGGAUUGAGGUCAGUAGAGAUGGCGGCCCCAAGAUCCUUACUCCGGAUAUGCUGGAGCAUAUCAAAAGGGUCAGCGGGCUUUCCCUGGAGCCAUCCGAACUCUUAAACUUGCCGAAACCCAGAGUUGUUGAGCUCUUGGAUGACGGCGAUGUUUUGAGUGUCGAUGGAAUGUUACUCAAGAAGCCAUUUGUCGAGAAGCCAACGAGCGGCGAGGACCACAACAUCAUCAUUUACUUCCCCAAUUCCGCCGGUGGAGGGGCACGCAAGCUGUUCCGCAAGAUCGGCAACAAGAGCUCUGAGUAUGUCGAGGACUUGUGUGUUCCUCGGGCAAUCACCAAUCCUGAAGAGAGUUACGUCUACGAAAAGUUUAUGAAAGUAGACAACGCUGAGGACGUGAAGGCAUACACGGUGGGGCCGAACUACUGCCAUGCAGAAACACGCAAGUCACCAGUCGUCGACGGAAUCGUACGACGCAACACUCAUGGCAAGGAAAUUCGCUACGUAACUGCACUCAGCAACGAGGAAAAGGAGAUUGCCAGCAAGAUAUCGCAAACAUUCGGACAGCGUGUCUGUGGCUUUGAUCUCCUGCGAGCAGGGGGCAAAAGCUAUGUCAUUGACGUCAACGGAUGGAGUUUCGUCAAGGACAAUGAUGACUAUUAUGAGCGCUGUGCAAGUAUUCUGAAGGAGAUGUUCAUCAAGGAAAGGGCACGCAGAGGAGGUGUGACGCCACCUCUACCAUCGCCUCCCGUAUCGACCGAAGGGGAUCCUAUUGCUCAACGAGCCGUUGCGGCGGCGGCCGCCGCUGCCACUGCUGCUGCUGCUGCUGCAUCGAACCGAACACGCACUUCAGUUCCCCAAACACCACGCUUAGCUGCUACAGGUGCUACAUCCCAUCAUGAUAAGGACUUACAGGAUCCCACUGCAGCAGGCUCAUCUGCGCUUGGCUCCAGUCUCAACUCGGAUGGCGCAAGCGUUGCGACAACUGAUUUGUCGGCAGCCUCUUCUAUGCUCGACAACAACGACCUCUUAAGGCAACCAUCUAACACGGUCCCCCCGGCAACUGUCAGCACCACGUCUACGCAGCUAGCGGACCUGGCGGACCCAUGUCAGGAGGAGACACAGCCUCCGCCUCCGCCGCCCAAACACUCCUGGAAACUGAAGGGUAUUGUGUCUGUCAUCAGACACGCCGAUCGGACACCGAAACAGAAGUACAAGUUUACAUUCCACACUGAGCCCUUUAUUCAGCUACUCCGAGGCCACCAGGAGGAGGUCCUCUUGAUCGGCGAGGCUGCGCUUGCGAGCGUCGCCAAUGCAGUAGAUCAAGCCAUGGAUGCUGGUAUUGAGGAUGCUACAAAACUCCGGCAGCUCCGCAACGUGCUUAUCAAGAAGGGCUCGUGGCCAGGCACCAAGGUUCAGAUCAAACCCAUGUUCCGCAAGCACAAGUCAGACGCUUCUGCAACGGAUGUUACCGAGGCUGCCGGUCCGUUAUCACCCUUAUCCAAGUCUGCUCUCAAAGAAGGCGGCUUAGGUACUGCUCCACCUGGGACACAACGGCACACGCCUAAGAGGAACGACUCAUUGUCCGAAGUGACCAUGUCCAAGUUUACUGCCGCUGAAAAUAGCCUCGUGCUGGACAAGAUGCAGUUGAUCGUGAAAUGGGGCGGGGAGCCGACGCACUCGGCAAGGUAUCAGGCUCAAGAACUUGGCGAAAUAAUCCGCAAUGAUCUCUUGCUUCUCAAUCGCGAUAUUCUGGAUGAGGUUCAUGUCUACAGUAGCUCAGAGAGGCGCGUCACGACAAGCGCUCAGAUCUGGGCGGCCAAUUUUCUCAAUCAGAAGGAUCUUCCCGAGGACUUCAUUACGAUUCGUAAAGAUCUGUUGGACGACUCGAACGCUGCCAAGGACGAAAUGGACAAGGUGAAGAAAAAGCUUAAGGGCUUGCUGCGGAAGGGUAACGAACGGCCGCCACAGUUUGCUUGGCCUGAUAACAUGCCCGAGCCCUCGGAAGUCCAGACACGAGUUGUGCAGCUGAUGAACUUUCACCGCAAAGUAAUGGAGCACAACUAUACAAAGCUCAUGAAUGGAAAUGGCAUCAGCUCCUCAGGUUCGAGUACGGACAAGAUCGUGAACACAGAUGACACUUCAACAACGUCGAUGUCGUCUACGCUUCACCAGGCCAAUACGGUCAACAGUAUACAGUCUCGGUGGUGCUCUGGAGAAGAUCCUGAACUGUUUCGGGAGCGAUGGGAGAAGCUUUUUGCUGAAUUUUGCGAUGGAGACAAGGUCGAUCCUAGCAAGAUAUCUGAGCUGUACGACACCAUGAAGUUUGAUGCUCUACACAACAGACAAUUUCUCGAGUGGGUCUUUACGCCUACGAAGCAGAUGAUGGAAGAAGAGUAUGGAAGCAUGGCCGGUGCUAAAGACAGCAAGCAGGCGUCGCAGCCAAAGGAGAGCAAGGACGCUGAGGAGCCUUCCAAAUCAUCGGAAGAGCACAGGAAUGGAAGAGCUCAUGCUUUACCGGAUGAUAGGAGUGACAAGUCGGAGUCUGGCAAAUCGGUAAAACGCAUCUUCCGCAGGAGGUCGUGGAUGAAUGGGCUUAGACAUCACGGCGACUCGCAGCCCCCCGAGCAGUACUUUCACCUUUACAAGGGUACCAACCCAAAGGCAAAGAUAGAGUCAUUCUUUGAGCCUCUCCGUGAGCUUUACCAGCUUGCGAAGGUUCUCUUUGACUUUAUAUGCCCGCAAGAGUACGGCAUCUCUGACACGGAGAAGCUCGAAAUUGGUCUUUUGACCUCUUUGCCCCUCCUGAAGGAGAUCGUUCAGGAUCUCGAGGAGAUGCAGGCCUCAGACGAGGCGAAGGGUUUCUUUUAUUUCACAAAAGAGUCGCAUAUCUACACUUUGCUCAACUGCAUUCUGGAGGGUGGUAUUGAGACUAAGAUUCAGCGGAGCACCAUUCCAGAGCUUGAUUAUCUUUCCCAGAUAUGCUUUGAGCUGUACGAGAGCGAAGUAAAGGCUCCGGCUGGGGAUUCUGCGGGCGUAGCAGGCGGGCAGGCAGACGUCCCGACUUUCCAGUACAGCAUCCGUAUCGCAAUCAGUCCAGGCUGUCAUGUGUACGAUCCCUUGGAUGUGCAGCUCGACAGCCGACAUUGCAUUAGCUGUGCACCGAGGCGUAGUUUGACAGCUCACGGCGACUGGAAGAAGGUCAUUGAGACUCUCAGGGCCCGCUUUCACCAGGUCAAAUUACCAAAGUCUUUCGUUGCUGUCAACCUUUCGGAUGCUUUUACGUUUCAGGAAAAGCAGGCAAAUGAUUCGGAACUGGCUGAAGAGGCUGGAGUCGGUGACGUUCUCGAGAUGAAGAAAAUCGAGCACACUGCGUCAGCGUCGCAAGUAUCAGUGGACACCACGGUUACCGACACGACAUUAACAACAGACACGACUGUGACGGAGACUUAG